GCCGUGGAGAAUUGACAUCCUGGACCGUGGCCUGCAGCCGCAGCGCUCAGAAGCGAGCGCGCCGGUGGACCCAAUCGUUCUCGAGAUUGACCGCUGCCUCUAUCUUCUCGGACGUCAAGAUACGACCCAGCAGACGUUGGGACGAAGAAGAAGUGUGUGGGCCCGCGGCCUCCGGGAUUUUAGCUGCGCCCUCGCGGGAGCCCGCGCUCCCCGCGAGGAAGUGCGAGGCGCGGAUCGGAUCCUUGCAUCUCCGAACUUGUGACAUGCGCGAUCCCAAGCGCAGCUUUACAGCGCGGGUGCCGAGAGGCGCUGGUGGACCAUAAUGUGGCUGCUCAUAUAGUUCUCAUCAACGCGCGGCGCCAUCACUCCGAAGCAGUUGGCUAGAAGUUGGUCAGAGCUGGAUAUAGAAUAAUAGUCGCCUCCGGCACCUUUCGUGCGCAUCGGACCGGAGGGGCCCGGAGACGAGGCGUUCGUUCGUCAGUUGCGAGUCGCCGUCGUUGCCGAUUUUGAUCGCGAGAUAUUAAAUUCGACUAGCCACUGCACCUGAUCGGAAGUGUCCUGCUAGAGUCUGGCUGCAAAAUUGACUCACGUACUUCUGAAUAAGUCGGAUUAUUAGUACGCAGCGUUCGAGAGACUGUGAGCCUGUAAGCGGACAGGCACUUUUGAGCUGCAGUGUGGCGUGAAAAAUGUGGGAGCAAAUUGUGGUUGCAAUCUGAUCUUCUAGAGCUCAGUGUCUCAUUCGCCAAGUGGUGAAUUCAAAGGGUGGGAUAGUUAAUGAAAAGGCUCCUCUUCCUACCCGAGAUGCUGUAAUUCAGCACACGGCUCUGUUAUCUACUCUAGCAUUUAAGAGGCGUGACCGUCCAUGUUGCCCGGUGCGUCUCCACUAGCUGUGCAACAACUGCACAGGUCAAUAGCAUGGUGUGUUUCCCACAUGCCAAUCAGCAGUCCUCCCGUUGGUCUCUCUCGCUUUCCCUGUUUCCGGAAGGAUUCUGAAUUCCACGGUGGUGUCCAGCCGAGUUUCCAGGCCUGGACUACUCUUCUGAAUGCAUGGCCUGGUAUGAGAUUUUUUGAAAGGAGGAGAAGACCCGGUUCUAAGCUGAUGGCGUGCAUGGCAAGAAACGAAGAUGUUCCGGCGGAUGGUGAAUGUCCGAACUUUGGUGUAGCCGCGCAGAAAAGGCCAAUAUUCAGCGGAGAAAUCGAUAAAAAACUGGAAUCGAUCGUGUCUUCCAUGGAAGAAUAUGGGACCAACGGUAUUGGACCGAAGCAUGACUAUCAUACCCUGGCCCGACCUCAAGGGUGGAUCCGCCCUGUGGAUCGGACUAAUCAGAUAUUCUGCAACCGGUCACUUAAUAUGAAGAGCAUUGUGGCGGUAGGAUUUGACAUGGACUACACUCUCGCACAGUAUAAAGCGGACACGUUCGAAACUCUUGCCUAUGUAGGAACGGUCAAGAAACUAGUAUACGACCUGCAUUAUCCAGAGGAGCUGCUGGAUUGGAAAUUUGACUGGAGGUACAUGGUAAGGGGUCUUGUGCUUGAUAAGAAAAGAGGCAACAUACUGAAGAUGGAUCGACAUAAAUAUGUGAAGGUUGCAUAUCAUGGUUUCAAAGAAAUGUCCAGAGAUGACAGGCAAGCAGCAUAUGGCAGCACUCUGUCUCGAGAAUCUUUUGACGAGCCAGAUUAUGCCCUUAUAGACACCUUAUUUUCCCUGGCAGAAGCUUAUUUGUUUGCACAGGUUGUCGAGCUGAAAGACUCUCACCCUGAAAGAAUACCAUCAGGCGCCGAUUAUGCCCAAAUUUACCGGGAUGUUCGGGCAGCUGUUGACUUGUGCCAUAGAGAUGGCACCUUGAAGCAAGCUGUGGCCAACAAUCCUUCAAUGUACAUUUAUGAGGACCCGAAGUUGGUCCCGAUGCUCAGGAUGCUCAGGGAGUCCGGUCGUUUGACGUUUCUAGUGACAAACAGUCUAUGGGACUACACGCAUGUAGUUAUGAACUUCCUUUUCGGCAAGUGUGGAACAAAAGGUGGAGUUCCCCGUGAUGACGAGUGGCUUAGCUAUUUCGAUAUCGUUAUCACUGGCAGCGCCAAGCCUGCAUUUUUUAUGGAGAGUAAUCGUGCGCCUCUACUCGAAGUCGAUCUCAAAUCGGGAAUGAUGCUCAAUACUGACAACGGCAGCCCUCUAGCUCAGAUAGGAGAGUCGACUGUGGACACUCAAACGUGUCUAAAUGACAGACCUGGCAAAGCAUGCAGAGUGUUUCAGGGAGGAAGUGUUACACAUCUACACAAACUGCUCGGCAUUGAGGCCAGCGCCCAGGUGAUGUAUGUCGGAGAUCAUAUAUACGGGGAUAUUUUGAGAAGCAAGAAGGCUCUGGGUUGGAGAACGAUGCUUGUGGUACCUGAACUUGAAAAGGAGAUGGAGCUUCUGAAAGAUACAGCUGAGCUUCACAAGGAAGUCCAGAUAUUGCGUCAACUGCGUGAUACAUUGGAAGACACGUUGCAACAGUUGCUCUGGCAAGUGCAAUUUGGAGAAACGGCUGAAAUGAGGAAGGCAGCACAAUCUGAGAUUGAACCAGUCCAGACUCGGAGGGAUAGGAUCAGGGAACAACAUCGUUUUGCUCAAAGGGAGUGCCAUCAUAGGUUUCAUAAAGUGUGGGGUCAACUGAUGAAGACGGGCUAUCAAAAUUCGCGCUUUGGCCACCAGGUGGAACGAUUUGCGUGCCUGUACACGAGCCAAGUUACCAAUCUCUGCCAUUAUUCACCAGAUAAACUGUAUAGACCAACUGAGGACUACAUGCCUCACGAAAUGGAUGUGCUGAAUAUGUAGAUAGUCAGGUUUCAGUUCUUUAAUUUGUCCAAUGUAUAGAUUGUCCUGUAGGUUUCCAAAAUCGAUCAAAAAGUAAUCUCUUCCAAUGUUAGCGACAGAGAAGGUUACUGGAGAUGGAAUAUAUGGAAUUUCUAUUUGUGUACAGAACUAUUGAUUACAACGCAAUCAGGCGUUUCAUGUAGAAGUUCUCAUUUAUAGGUGGCAACUUAGAAGAAUGUCCAGGGCGUCAGUUGUGUCGUAUAAAAGCCUGUAACUAUGCAAUGAAGUAAUUCACUUGCAAGAAUGGAGUAGUAUUCUUCACUAAGUGGUUGAACGUAGAAACAGCCUCGUAGUUCUGACUGUAUGUCUACACCAGUAUCAUGUUUACUGAGUUGUAGAAGUAGUCAACUAUCCUUGUUACAACUCUUACACUAAAUUAUUAUUCAUCACGAUGCGUUUAU